CAGAGAACCCUAAUCUUUUCUUCUUGAUUUCUUCAAAUGCAUCACAAGGCUUCAAGCAGAGACACCAACAGCCAGAACUUUCCAAAACUCAAGAGUGUAGAAACUGAUCCAGAUCCUGACAUUUAUGACAUAACAUACGUCGAUGUCUCUCCCUCUGUCGGCUCCACUUCUCCUUUAUCCAAAUCCCCAUGGAUCGCACACGUCGAUCCCACCGACCUGGAACCGCCCCAUUCGGGGAUAAAGUCCACAGCCAACACAAGAGAACCUAAAAACUACUCACCUAACAUCCUCAUGGGCUCUCUCUUCCGCGAAGAAGGCCAUAUCUAUUCUCUAGCCACAUCUGGCGACCUACUCUACACGGGAUCUGACUCCAAGAACAUUAGGGUUUGGAAAAACCAAACCGAGUUCUCGAGUUUUAAAUCCAACAGCGGUUUGGUCAAAGCCAUUGUCCUAGCCGGAGACAAGAUCUUCACGGGACAUCAAGACGGGAAGAUCCGCGUGUGGAAAAUCUCGUCCAAAGACUCCAACAUCUUUCGCCGUAUAGGUACCAUGCCCGUGUUUCGAGACUACCUCAGAAACUCCAUCACGCCUUCUUCUUACUUCAGCUUCAUGAGAAAGAACCCGACCAGCACCAGCGCUCAGGGGUUCCGCCACGUGGACGCGAUCUCGUGCCUCACGUUGAGCGAAGACAACAAGCUUUUGUAUUCCGGGUCGUGGGACCAAACGUUUAAAGUGUGGAGGAUCUCGGACCUCAGAUGCUUGGAGUCGGUGAAGGCCCACGAUGACGCCGUAAACGCCGUCGUUUCGGGUUUCGACGGUUUGGUUUUCUCCGGUUCGGCGGACGGUACGGUUAAGGUGUGGAGGAGAGAGGACCAAGCCAAGGAGACGAAACAUUUCUUCUCCGAGACGCUGCUGAAACAAGACUGCGCCGUUACGGCGAUCGCGGUUGAUCAGAGCGCGACGUUAGUUUACUGCGGUUCGUCUGACGGAACCGUUAACUUCUGGGAGCGGGAUAAUAACAUGAAAAACGGCGGCGUUUUGAAGGGGCAUAAACUCGCCGUGCUAUGCCUCGUGGCUGCGGGGAGCUUGUUGUUCAGCGGCUCGGCUGAUCUCGGGAUUCGCGUUUGGAGGAGACCGGAGCGUGGUGACGGCAGAGGCGGAGACGUUGGAGGAGGAUUGCACGUGUGUAUUGCGGUGUUGAAGGGACAUGCAGGUCCGGUGAAGUGUAUGGCAGUGGAGAGAGAUCAAGAAUCGGCUUCCGGUGAGAAACGGUGGAUCGUGUACAGUGGGAGUUUAGAUAGGUCGGUGAAGAUGUGGCGUGUGUCGGAGAGUUCCCCGCCGAUUGAAGACCAGUCAUCGGAUCCGUUUGAUAGUCCGACUGAAUUAACGAUGGCUCCUAGCUUCUCGGGUCAAGGGAGAGAAUGA